CUUCAUGCUACAGAAACCGGGAUAAGCUCCGGCCUGAUGGGCCACUUGGCUCGUAUACAGACUUAACAUUACCUUAAUGCUAAUGAAAGCACUUGAUGACGAUUUUGUAUUUCAGACACAUCAGACCAGUUGCAAUUUUGUGGGUGUGAAGUGCACUAACAAGGAUUGUGAAGAGACUUUUUUGAAGAAAGAUCUGAACAAUCAUGUGAAUAAUAAAUGCCCAAAAAGGAAAGUGGAGUGUCACCACUGUAAAAAACUCUUUGUGUGGUGCAUGAGACAGGAUCAUUUUGACGCGUGCACGAAAUAUCCAGUGGACUGCCUCCAAGGAUGUGGUGAAAAAAUUGCGCGAGAUAAGAUGAAUGAUCACAUUGAAGAGAGCUGCCUUUAUACUAAAGUACAGUGUACAUUUGCCCAUGUUGGUUGCCAAGUAAAGGUCCAACGAAAAGCCAUUCAAGAUCAUUUGAAAAGAAACACCGAAUCCCACUGGAAGCUGGUUUGUGAUAGACUUCAAGAACUUCAGGUUUCGUCGACCUCCGCCUUUGCAAAUAUGGAAGAAUUGCAAAAUGACAUUUCAACUGUCAUGAACAAUAUAAAAGAAUUAUCUGAAGCAGUUCUAAAGAGUGGAGGUCUGGAGGACUUACACGACAAAAUAGCUGUAACAAAUAAGAAGCUAGAAGAGUUGCAGAGUCGAGACAAUGCAGCUGACAUGUUGUCAGGUCUACAAUCUGAAGUCGUCGCCAUAAAGAAAGAAGUAGAAGAGCUGUCAAGAAAAGUGGCAAACGAUAGAAAGCUGAUGGAGCUUCAAGAUGCAAUAAAUCAGCUGCAGAAAUUAAUCCCCAAAAUUGACAGGUUACAAGGUCUAAGAGACGAAGUUGCUGGAAUCAACAAAAAACUGCAAAAAAUGCAGAAAGCAAUUUCUAGUUUAGAGAAACGACACUCCGAUGCGAGCAGGACCAUUUGCAAUGAUCGCGGAGCUUUGGAGGAGAUUGAACACGUUGAAUAUGAAUUACGACGUGAAUUUCAAACCCAGUUGCGAUAUCUUCGUGAAAGCGGACAAGAAGAAAGAGAAAGGGAUAAGAGGGAGAUGUUGGACCGACUUCGUGCUGAACAGGAAAUUACGAGAAAAAUAAUUGUGUGCGGCUUUUUAAAAAUGGUUAUUGUAAUAUUACUUUGUAUUCGGUACAGAGCGUAUUUUGAUCCGUUGUUAGAUAUCAUUUUUAUGUUCCUUCCUUUCUUUAUAUAAGCAUAAUUUACAGUGACGACUUAUUAAUCUUGCGUGCCAUCCUCGAUGUCCCGAAAACUUCACGGCGCUAUUUUCUGGCGCAUUUCUCGAGUUUGACGUUUGGGUUCUUGAUGACGCGCCAAAAAAAUUCCAAACUUUCACUGACAAACUUUUGUGAUUUUCACAGAACAACUUUAAAUGUUGUACAUUAAGGUCUGUCUCAACAUCAACAAAAAAGUAGUGACCGUUGUGAUUGUCUGCGUCCAGAAUUUGGAGCGAUCGUUGCAGAAUGCAGUGCUUUGUCGUUUGUACCACUGAAGGUCCUCCCCGGAUUUCGUUUUGUUCUCUAGCAAUCAUAAGGUUUAGUUGCGUGUUUUACUAUUAAGUGCAACAGCUGCAUUAUGCGUAUCAGUUCACAUUACUUUAAUUCACAAAUAUGUUAAAAGUACGAAUUAAAGGUACUUUUAGACUUACGUAAUUUGUCUUCAAUAAUUCACUAUACCCAUAACUUGAUGUAAGAUCUGCAUUACCAUACUUUACCUAAGCUUCGGUAAUCUUAAUAUUUUCAUAAUUAGUACAAAAUUGUUACUUGUAAUAUAGCGGCUGAAAGCAUUUGAGAAGUAAAA